CAGCCAGAAGCAAAGAUACGCACACACACGCACACACACACACUUCAACUCUUAUCGCAUCAGCCCCACCCUUUCCACCCACACUCCUACCUACCCCCCCUAGGUGGCGCUAUGGACCUAUUGCGCAUACUAACAAGCAUGAGCCGCCUGCUGCUGCUCUCGCCAGCACUAUUCAUACUCAGGCUUGUGAUAGGGGUGUUUUUACCGGUGAUUAUCAUCGGGAAUUACUUGACCAGCUUGGUAUUUGGCAUGCUGAGUUUGCCGUUUGUGGUGUUUUCGCGGUUGCAGGUUUUUACUCCACCUCCAUGUUCCCUCGCUACCCCGUCCGUCCUAUCGUAUUUAGAUCCCGGGCAUGCAGGAGGGGGUGGAUGGAUGGAUGGACUGAAUUGGUGAUGGAUACACAUUAACAGGAAUUAUACAUCUUCUGCGGCGUUGCAGCGGUCAUCGGCAAUUCCCCCUUCCCCUCUUAAAACGGGAAAACAACAGACUAACCAACCCAAUAGGAAUAUCUACAGGCGCAAUCCUGGGCCUGGCAAGCUACUUCCUCACCGACACUCUGGACUUCUGCGACGAGCCCGUCGCACCCAGACCGGGGCAAACAAGACUCAAAAAUGGGCGAAUCAGGGGUACGACGGGGCGUACUAUUACUACCACCGCUACAGGUACGGUCGAUACGAAGAUGCCCGCGAGGGUGCUUUUCCCGCAGGCUAUACCCACGAUACUCGAAGAGGAGGAUGAGGAUUCGCCGUUUUUGGUUGGCAGUGGUAGUGGGAAGCGUCGGGAGGGAAGGGGGAAGAGGGCAGCUAGGUGGUCGAGUGAGGACGAGGAGGAAGGGGAGGGGGAAGACGAGAGCUCUGGGUAGGUAUGGUAGGUGGGUGGGUGGGCAGGUCUUCCGGGCACGAUAUGAUGCAGGAACGAUGGGGGAGGCGUGACCGGAUAGACGGAUGGGUUGAGAUGGGCUAUGCUCGGUUUUUCUUUUUCUUUCUCUCUUCCUUUCUUUCUUUCCCUUUACAAUACUUAGACUAUCGUAACUAGCGGCGGGCCCGGCUGGUGCCCGCCCAGGCCGAAAGGUUGUUUCUCCAUUCUGUAUGAGUAAUCCGGCUCUGGCGUUGGUUGAAUUUCUACGGUAGUCUAUUGUGCGCACAUAUGUACAGUACCGCAGCGGUACUCGUACUCUACAGUGCAUCCGAUCCAUCAAUACAAUUCAUCCGUAACCCCCCUCUGCCAUACUCGACAACCUCAAUCGCCUUGUUCCCCCUUCAGUGCGAUUCAAAAUCUCUCCCGCUCCAGAGUCUUGCCCACCCCUCAUACCUCUUCUCCCACUCAGCCUGCCAGCAGUUCGUGCGAAAGUGCCAGCAAGAGAAAGAAAUAUUUGAAAGAUAGAUGGGCGCCUCGGUAGGCAUACACCUGCGGAUGACGUGUCCCCCUCUUUCUUUCCCUUAACCUAAUCAAAAAACGCCCUACGAGACAAUACGAUACGAGACAGCCGGAUUGGUCGCGUGCUCAAAACAAAACUGGUUGGAGGGCGAACUUGAACCCCGGCGGCACCGUUUGAAGUAAGAAAAAAGAAGAAAAAAGAAGUCCCGCAAGGUAACGAGCGGUGUUUGGCAGGCUGCUCGCCUACUACCCGUACAACACUGACGGUUCUUGGAUCGUAAGCUACUGUAGUCAUCACAAGUACCGUACGAUACGAAGGCGGAAUAAUAAUAACAGUAAUAAUUUCGAGGAUGGCUAAUUCUUUUGGUGGAAUAAAUCGCUCGGAUUUCUCAACUUAUGGCACUGUGCCAGUAUGAUACUUGCGAGAGGUGCUGGGUUCGGGGAUUGAAGGGAGGGGAAGGGCAGAGGGGGGAAGGAGUCCUCGGACUGUUUGUUUUGUGGGGGUUCUUGAUCGUUGGUGAAUGCACCCGUAUCCGUGCCGUGCUACCAGCUCUACCGUGGACUGGGGGUUCCGGGAACGAAGAGAGGAGGACUGAAAUCCGCACGAUACCCGUAUGAUAUCAUGGGUUGGCAUGUAGGGUACAGGUAGGGUACGGUACUCGAGUAUGAUACAGUACCGGUACGGUGCUGUGUGGAUCUGUGCAGUACUCGUACAUGACGCCGGGGGGAUCUUCUUGCGCUU